GAUUCAAGACGCGUUUCUCUCCUUCCUGCUGCUGUGAGGGCGGUGCUGAGGUGGAAGCGAGUAUUCAUGCCGACGCGCUUUUUCUUCCAAACGCCCACAUGUUUUGGUCAUGUUUAGUUUGGGGUACCUGGCAACUGAACAAGCAGUUUUGAUCUGUCGGGUCCCCAGGCAUUGACAGCUGAACACGGGGGAAAUGUUUGAAGAAUCUCCUCACAAGUUUAACCAGCAGAAACCAUCUUAAUAGACUUAAGAGAGAAAUAAGUAUUUUCCUCAUUUAAAUGCGUUUUAGAUGGAGAAGAUGCGUCUUGAUACCGCACUGGCAUUUCUUACACUCGUGGUGUCUCCACUGCUGCUGGAGUGCGCCACAACCACAUGUCGGAUGGUAAAUCAAAGUGAUGAUGUAAAGGAAGAGAGAUUUACUUCAGUCAAGUCUUCGGGCUCUGGAGGGUUUUUCUAUAUGUGUGUCACUGUCCGUGUCUGGAUAAAGGCUGAUGACUUCAAUAAGGACCCGAAGAUUGAAAUUUUCUCAUCAAAUAGUAAACAGAUAAUCAGGCCAACCAUGGGGAAAAGAAAAAAUGAAAAAAAGUUGCGCCUCAAAAGAAAUACAGAUGAAAACCAAGUCGUGUGUAAAGGAGGCGACACAAUGCACCUCCCACAUAACAAUACUAGUUUUGUCCUGUGGGAGCUGGUGCAUGACUGUAUCAAUGCUUCUGCAAAAAGUACAGUCAAUGUGUCUUACAGCAUAGGGAGCGACAUCAACAGCUACGUGCACUCAGUGCCAGGUACAAUACAAGACCAACCAGAAUUUCAACUGUCUGUGAACUCGUCGUCUAAAGUCAUCAAUGUAACUAUGGGACCUGGAGAAAGAAAAGUGUACACCAGAUGGUGUUACAAAAACGGGAACAGUUGCUUAGGUGGCACAGAUUCCCUUCAAGUUACUAUUGAUCCAUCUCAGUCUCGAUCAACUGUUUUUAACAUGUCUUACCUGCUGCCCUGUUUGUGCGUGCAGGCAUAUUACACCCACAUCGAUGCCAGGCGACACACAAAGUGCUUAUUUGAAAAUGAAAAUCUCACAGAUGUCCAAGAUGUUUGGGCCUCUUCUACGCUCACGCUGGAACAGUCAAGUAUUACUUGGAGCUCAUUGUGUUCAGGCAUCUACCAAAAGAUCUCUGCCUCCCUCUGUUGGAAGCAAUACGAACACCUCUGCACACCUGUACUCAACUCCACACUGAACGGGGAGGAUGAUGAAGACAACAACCUGAAAUAUAACACAUCUGUAGUGGACACACACCCUCAGAUGUGUGUGCAGCUUUCUCUACAAGGCAGUCAUCACCUCUACUGCCCCUUCACAGCUGAUAGGUCUUCAUGGGAGGUUUAUAUUGGACUGGACAAGCAGAGUGUGUCUGUUUAUCUCACAUCCUCUGUCCCAGCAAUAUUCUCAGCUCAACUCUGUCUCCUUAAUGAGAGGGGGUGUACACCCACAGCACAAGUGUAUUCAGUAGGAAUGAAAGGGAAUACUAGUGACAUUACAAGACUAAGUGUGCCUCUUCCCUAUCCUGCAGAGAAGCAAUGUGUGCAGGUGUGGCAGUCAGAUCCCGCACGCCUUGGAACAAGAAUUCUGUGUCCAGACUACACGCACUACAGAUACGGGAUGUAUGCAGUAGCAUGUUUGUGUUUUGUGGUCUUUGUUACAUUCCUGGGAAUUUUCAUCCACCGUCUUACUAAGAGUGGAGCGGCGGGUUGGCUUUACAUCCAGAAGCCUGUGUUGCUGGUGUGCUCAUCAGAGCAGUCGGCACAUGCCGCUGCUGUGUGCGCACUGGCCUCCGUCCUGCAGGAAGAGCUCAGUGCUACAGUGCACAUGGCGCUUUGUGCCCAAAGCUCACAAAGGCAGGCUGGGGCCGGGACUGGAGUGGCAGAUCUGGGCCCACUUCCCUGGCUUUAUGGGCAGUGGGAGGUCAUACGUAAGGCACAAGGAAAAGUGUUGAUUAUUUGGAGUCCUGAAGCCAAGCAGACCUAUGAGAAGUGGAGGGAGGAGAGGUCAAACACAGGCAAGAAUGAUAGAAAGAAGGAAGAAGACAGCAAAGCAAAAGUCAGAGAAGAGGUGGAAGAGGAUUCGAAACUAAAUGGAAGAAGAAAAUGUAAAAAAGGAAAGACAGAUUGUGUUAAAUUAUGUGAUGAUUAUGACGUGUACUCUCAGAACAAACCCUCUGCAGUGAUAGCACCAGUGUUUACAGCUACUCUGGCCUGCCUGGAGGGGACGCUGCAGGAGUGCAAAGAUCAAGGAGUUGCCUUUGUCUACUUCCAGGGCCUUGGCCACAACAAGGACAUCCCAAAGGCCUUCAGAGGUGUCCCUCGAUACUGCUUACCUCAGGAUUUCAGGGGUUUAAUACAAGAGCUGGGAGGGAUGACAAGACAGACAAAAACUGGUAAAUUUAGGUGGCGCUGUUGGCCCAGACUCCUGUCGAAAGUGAUGUCAGUAUGGCUGGCACGGCAGCUAGCCCACAGACUACAGACAUUGCUGCCUCAGGUGCAAGGAAAGAAAAAGCAAGGGCUGAGUGUCACAUCGACACAGACAGUGAUGUCAGGAUCUGUACAAGAGCACGAGCCUCUCCACGGGUCACUAUGGAGAGCAGAGCAGCUUUAAUCUCAAAUUUCUUGAGUCUGAUGAGGACAGACUUUUGUUUUCCAGGAAACAUGAUACAUGAGACAUGAGAGCUGGUGUUCCACUGUGAGCACACCAGAGCCAGUCACUCAGUGAAAAGUAUACGUUACUUGACACCACCAUGUCAAAUAUACCACCACUGGUUUUGCAUAUUAAAAAGGUAAAUAUUCCAUUCUGUGCGCUGCAUUUAUCUGCUAACAAAGGCUGGUCUUUAUGCCGCUUUCGUGACUGAAGCCACAGCGAACACCUGUCCUUAUCUCUGUAAAUAUGCUAACCGCCAUGAAAAUAUGGUUGCAAAUAUGCCCUUAUGAGUGCAUUUAUGUUUGAAAGUGUUUUGACAGCACAGGCGACAAAAUGUCUCACUGUUGUUGACACAAACUUGCAAAUGUGUGUAGGAUUUUGAUGUUGAGCCAAAACCAAGGCUGUCCAAGGAUUUCCAGUGUUAGAGUGAAAAGAUGAAGUGACUUGUACUGAAUUGUAUUUGACUGUUUAAUUAGUUUAUGAAUAAUAAUUUCACCUCAGCUUUUCAUGUUUAUCCUGUUAGAUUUAACCAUUACAAGUCUUAUAUGAGACUGUAGCUGUCUUCAACUAAACAACAGCAAAUAUACUACCUCCUAUAUUCCAUAACAAAUUAUCAAUCAAUCAGUGUUAUCCCCCCCCCCCCCCCCCCAGGCAUACUGCACAUCUUCAUUCAGAAAAUGUUACUGUACCUAAAUGGUAGCUGCAAUUAUAAUACAAAUAUGUCUUAGCUGAAGGAAUUUGCAGUGUGUCCCAGAGGGAGAAAAACCAGUAUUAUUCAAAUGUUAUCAACGGCAAAAACAGCAUACAGAAGUUACCUCAAAAUCUCAGAGCAUUAAAGCAACAAAACCAUGAUAGUGGUACUUUCCCUGAUCUUAUUUAAUUCCUGUCAUCCUAUUACUGUGUUUAACGGUUGACGUUAUGCAAACUAACUUUAAACUGUUAAACUGUUCAUAUCUUGUCAGGAGUGUGAUACAAAUUUGAUGGCCCCUUGUAAAAAUACUUAUUCAGUGUCUUCAGACUUCAUGUUACAUGAACAGAACAUUGAACAUUUGAGUUAAUGGUAAAUAAUGAAUUAAUGCUUUUUAUAAAGAAAAUGAUUCAUGUAUAGUUACUGAAAUGACAAGAAACUAAUGAAGGGAAACAUGUUCUCCUAACAGUGAUAUCCGAUUUCUUGGCAUCUUCCUGGGUGGAUGUUAUAAUAACCUCUGUGAAACCUGUUUCUUCACAACAUUGGCAAGACCCAUUUAUUCUAAUAAUCAUUGAUAGACCUGCUUGACAGGAUUAAUAAGGAAGUCAAUUGUAAGUUAUAGUAAACUGGGACACAACAUUAUUUUGACACACACAUGAGGUUUAGUUGGAACUGGUCCCUCUGUUUGGAAUCAGUUGAAAAAUCACCUAAAUCUUUGGGAGCUGGUCUGCUUGAAUGUAUUUUAAAUUAUUGUAAAUGACUUGGAGACAGGCACAUCUGGCUGUAGAUGUUAUGAUACUCAUAUAGCCCCCAUUUGAUCCCAGGUGUUGAUGCCUUGCAAAAAAUCCUGUAAUGUAUUAUUUUUAUUGUAAAUUGUUUCUUUUUUAAAUUUCUGCAACCCCGUUAAUUGUGCUGCUGCUUGUUUUGACCAGCACACGCUUGUAAAAGGGCUUUUCCUGCUUCAUAAAGAUUAAGAUUUAAGAUUAGUGUCUAUAGAGUUUUCACUGAGUGAAGACUUCAUAAUGUCAUUUAUCAGGUUAUAAAUGAAUCAUAAUUGGUCACAAAACUUGGUUAAGGUAAUGCACACUAUGUUGGUCAGUUUACUCCCAGGGGUACAGCCAUAUGUUAUAAAAUAAACUAGUUAUUCUUAGAGGCACCUAGUUGUCAAGGAAAUGCAGCCAUUUAAGAUCCGGAAUGAAUUUGCGUAUUUCUGAUUGCGCCACUGGCACAUAGCUGGCACAGUUUUUUAUGACUCCGGACUGUACAGCUGGUAGGCAAGAUUACACAUUAUCUACGACAGUUCUCUUAAUUGUGCCAUCCACUUGGAUAAAAAUGAAUGAUUAAACUGUAGCACCUGGCAGAAAACAUUACAGCCUCCAUUGCUUACCAUUUGGACGAUCCUGCGUUGAAUGAUUUACCAACCAGGCAGAAAGUUGUUGCUCUUGGAACAAACAGGGGGAUGGGCAUGUGGAACAAAAUCCCAAACUUUGAGGGUGUUGCCUUACAGAUUACUGUGUGAGAUAACCUUGGAGCAGAAGGUGUGCGUCAGAGAGAAACUUUUUGGUGCCAGGCUCAGAGGUGUCCUUCAAGAAAUGGCUCUCACGGUCCGCGGGUUGUCACAUGUUGCCUUCCUGCCGCUGUCAGUGUUGUACUGCUGGCUCUUCAUGUCUGUAAACGCGAUGGAAAUGACUGAUGACCCACCUGGACUCAUCUGUAGCAAGGUAAAUUUGAUAAUCCUCAGGUUUCUUAUUAGAUUAACAAAAAACACCAAUGAACCCAACAGACUGAACACCUACGGAAUAUUUAUGUUUGUCUAUUCAUUAUUUAUUACGUCUUAAUAUGUUGACCUGUAUGUUGUAUGUUCUUAUAAUUGUAGGUGCUCUGCUAAAUCUGUGUAGUUUACCACAUUUCUGUAUUGUCGUUAGUCGUGUGGAGGAUUAGGAGACAAGACACAGACAGAAAGAGAGAUCACAGUUUAAUGGCCAUUACUUAUUUACCGUCGUGCAUGAGCAUGAUAUCUUACCCCACUGCUCCAUUUCUGAGGAGGGUAGUUGUUGUUUAUUGUCUCUAAAUGUUGUAUCGGAGAAGAACCAGAUAAAUCAUUGAUUAUGGAUGGCAAAUA